AUGGUUCUUCAGGAUUUAGGCCGGCGCAUCAACGCCGCUGUCAGUGAUCUGACCAGGUCGAAUGAUCUGGACGAAAAGGUGUUUGAUUCUAUGCUUAAAGAGAUAUGCGCUGCUUUACUUUCAGCCGACGUAAACGUCCGCCUCGUCCAAAACCUUCGGAAAUCUAUCAAAUCCAGCGUCAACUUCUCCUCUAUACCGCCUGCCGUUAAUAAAAAGCGCCUCAUUCAGAAAGCCGUGUUUGAUCAGUUGGUCGCUCUAGUAGAUCCUCACUCCGAGCCUUUCAAGCCGAAGAAGGGUCGAUCGAAUGUCAUCAUGUUCGUUGGUCUACAAGGUGCGGGAAAGACGACGACAUGUACGAAGCUCGCAAGACAUUACCAAACAAGAGGGUUCAAGUCUGCCUUGGUUUGCGCAGAUACGUUCCGUGCGGGAGCUUUCGAUCAGUUAAAGCAGAACGCGACAAAGGCCAAGAUCCCAUACUACGGCAGCUUAACGCAGACGGACCCCGCUAUUGUCGCCGCAGACGGCGUUGCUAAAUUCAAGAAGGAAAAAUUUGAAGUUAUCAUCGUUGACACCAGUGGAAGACACAAACAGGAAGAGGACCUUUUUGCAGAAAUGACACAGAUCCAGAAUGCCGUGAAACCCGAUCAAACUAUCCUUGUUCUCGACAGUAGCAUUGGGCAAGCAGCUGAGGCGCAGUCGGCAGCUUUCAAGGCGACAGCGGACUUCGGGGCCAUUAUCAUCACAAAAACAGAUGGACAUGCCGCUGGUGGUGGUGCCAUAUCUGCCGUUGCUGCUACCCACACUCCCAUUAUCUUUCUAGGUACCGGGGAACACAUGUUGGAUCUGGAAAGAUUUGCCCCGAAGCCGUUUAUACAAAAAUUAUUGGGUAUGGGUGACAUGGCCAGCUUGGUUGAACACGUCCAAGCGGUAACGAAAGAUUCUGCUGGUGCGAAGGAGACCUACAAGCAUAUUUCGGAGGGAAUAUUUACACUUCGAGAUUUUCGUGAAAAUAUAACAUCGAUAAUGAAAAUGGGUCCUCUCUCCAAAAUAUCAAGUAUGAUUCCUGGUCUUUCUGGUCUUACAGCGGGUCUCGAUGAUGAAGAUGGCUCUCUGAAGCUCCGCCGAAUGAUUUACAUUUUUGAUAGUAUGACAGCCGCAGAACUCGACGGCGAUGGCAAAGUCUUUGUUGAUCAACCGUCUCGGAUCGUUCGCGUGGCCUGUGGAAGCGGCACCACCGUUAGAGAAGUUGAAGAUCUCCUGUCGCAACAUAAGAUGAUGGCGGGCAUGGCCAAGAAGGUUGGUGGCCAGAAGAAGCAAAUGCAGCGCGCCCAGAACAUGCUCAAAGGCGGAAACAAGGAGCAGCAGAUGGCAGCUAUGCAAAAAAGAAUGGCUGCGAUGGGUGGUGCAGGUGCUCCUGGAAUGCCGCGGAUGCCUGGAAUGGGUGACAUGGCGAAGAUGAUGCAGAUGCUACAGGGAAGUGGAGGAGCAGGGGGUGGAAUGCCCGGUUUUGGAGGCAUGGAUCUUCAAAGCAUGAUGAGCCAAAUGGGUGGAAUGCUGGGUGGGGCUGGAGGAAGUGGAAGAGGUCGUCGAUAA